AUGACAACCUCUACCUCCCCUUGGAACUCUCGCUUAAGAGACCUCGCAAAGCAAUCCCUCUUCUCCGAAGCUCUCUCUCUUUACCGCCAAAUGCUCCGAUUCGGCCACCCACCCAACGCUUUCACUUUCCCCUUCGCUCUCAAAUCCUGCGCCGCCCUCGCCCUCCCUCUCACCGGUUCCCUCCUCCAUUCCCACGUUCUCAAAACCGGGUGCGACCCCGAACCCUUCGUACAGACUUCUCUCAUUUCCAUGUACUGCAAAUGCUGUUUGACUGACGAUGCACGCAAGGUGUUCGACGAAAGUCCCCAAAGGAAGUUGACUGUUUGCUACAAUGCUUUGAUAUCUGGGCAUGCUUCGAACUCGAAGUUGCGCGAUGCGGUUUUGUUGUUUCGUAGAAUGAGGGAGGAGGGUGUGGGGGUUAAUUCGGUUACAAUGUUGGGUUUGAUUCCGGGGUGUGCGGCUCCAGGGCACUUGAGUCUUGGGAUGUGCCUACAUGGUUCUAGUGUGAAGUGUGGUUUGGAUAGUGAUUUGUCUGUGAGGAAUUGUUUGCUUACAAUGUAUGUGAAAUGUGGGUUGGUUGAUAAUGCAAGGAAGAUCUUUGAUGCGAUGCCUGAAAAGGGUUUGAUUACUUGGAAUGCAAUGAUUUCCGGGUAUGCGCAAAAUGGGCUUGCUUCUCAUGUUUUGAACCUGUACAGGGAGAUGGAAGCUUGUGGUUUUUUCCCUGAUCCUGUGACGCUUGUUGGUGUUCUAUCGUCUUGUACUCACCUUGGGGCGCAUGGGGUUGGACGUGAGGUAGAAAGACGGAUUGAGUCUAGUGGAUUUGGUUCCAAUCCGUAUUUGAAAAAUGCUCUGAUCAAUAUGUAUACUAGGUGUGGUAAUUUGGUGAGGGCUCAUUCUAUUUUUGAUGUCAUGCCUGAAAAAAGCUUAGUUACUUGGACAGCAAUUAUUGGUGGGUAUGGGAUGCAUGGACAUGGAGAGGUCGCAUUGGAGCUCUUUGAGGAAAUGAUUGUGUCUGGAAUCAGACCUGACAAAGCUGUGUUUGUGACUGUUCUGUCUGCCUGUAGCCAUGCAGGAUUGACUGAUGAGGGACUUGAGUAUUUUGCUGCGAUGGAGAAAAACUAUAGGUUGCAGCCUGGACCAGAGCAUUAUUCUUGCAUGGUGGAUCUUUUAGGGCGCGCAGGUCGGCUCAAGGAAGCAAAGGAGCUUAUUGACUCAAUGCAGGUUAAGCCUGAUGGUGGAGUAUGGGGAGCCCUCUUGGGUGCCUGUAAGAUACAUAAAAAUGUAGAACUAGCAGAGAUAGCUUUUGAACAUGUCAUCGAGCUUGAACCAACUAACAGUGGUUAUUAUGUGUUGAUGUCGAAUAUAUACUCUGAUGCAAAGAAUUUAGAAGGGAUUUUAAAGGUUCGAGUUAUGAUGAAAGAGAGGCAGCUUAAAAAAGAGCCAGGUUGUAGCUAUGUCGAGUGUAAAGGAAGAGUUCAUGUUUUCUUGGCUGGGGAUAACAGCCAUUGUCAGACAGAAGAUAUAUACAGCAUAUUGGAUGAGUUAGAAAAUUUAGCCCGGGAACUUGGCGUGUCCAAUGAGAAUGAUGGAGAAAGAAACAAAGAGCGAGUUGGUAUUCACAGUGAAAAAUUGGCAAUUGCAUUUGGGCUCUUGAACACUGAACCCGGCACUGAGAUCGUAGUGAUAAAGAACCUGAGGGUGUGUGCAGACUGUCACUUGUUUAUCAAGUCGAUUAGCAAGAUUGUGCAGCGUCAGUUUGUGGUCAGAGACGCGACUCGUUUUCACCAUUUCAGAAAUGGUAUCUGUUCUUGUAAAGACUACUGGUAA